CCACACAGUUGGUACUGUCUCCGCCCAAGUGUAGCCGCAUUGGGCGGGAGCCUGAUUUGUCUGGAGUUCUCAGUUUAGUACCCCAAGCAUAUGCUCCGAUCUAUACAUUUCUAUAACAACCAGUUUCCCUCCUCUAUCAAUUUUUCUCAUCUUCUCAUUCCAUAUCUACUCGUCCAUAUCUAUAUCCAUCACGACUACACUCACUCAUCCCGCCAACAUGUCUGUCGUUACUCACAUGGAGACCAGCAAACACACCCACACGAUCAUCUUCCUCCACGGCCGAGACAGUGACGCCCAAGAGUUUGCGGACGAGUUCUUCGAGAGCGAGGCAUCCGAGCCUACUGGGAGACCACGCACCCUUCCAGAUUUGUUUCCAGGUAUCAGAUGGGUGUUUCCCACAGCACCAGCUCUUUACUCGAAACGCUUCGAUAUCACGAUGUCGCAAUGGUUCGAUAUAUGGUCAGUCGAGGAUCCUGAGGAGCAAGUCGAAAUUCAAAGGGAUGGAUUGAAACAAAGUGUUAGCGCCUUGCUGGAGGUGAUAAGAACCGAAGAAACUCAUGUGCCUCGACAAAGCAUCUUUUUAGGAGGUAUAAGCCAGGGAUUCGCGACAGCGUUGGCUACCUUCUUCGCAAACGGUCAGGGGUUCGCUGGCCUAAUUGGCCUAUGUAGCUGGAUGCCUUUCUCCAACCUUGUCGAAGAUCUCAAAGCAUCUAGUGCCAAUGACGAGCAGCUUUUCAAUGCAGUUCAGAGCAUUUACUUCGGUCAUCAAACCACGAAAGAACCAUCACCGCCGUUCCUCCGGUCUACUCCCAUCUUUCUCGGCCACUCAAUCGAUGACGACACUGUACCCAUUAAGAAUGGAAGGCGAAUGCGGGAUGUCCUAGUGCAUUCCUUACAAUCGAACGCUCAAUUGCACGAGUACGCGGAUGGGGGUCAUUGGGUGAACGAGCCUCAAGGUGUGGAUGACAUUGUGAAAUUCCUCAGUCUCACCAUGGGGAACCCUGCGAAUCUCUGAGGAUGAAAUAAUACCCGUCGAAUCCACCAUCGACAUUCUGCGUGUAUAAUGAUACCAAGAGGUAUUAAUCAGAUACAGUCAACCAAGCUCAAGCACAGACAUCGGCUGGUGAACUCACGUAUGCCAGCUUGAUCAGCUUGUUCGAGCAAUUUGCCAUGGUUUUCUUCCCGCCUGUUUGGACCCCCCUCUACGACAAUAUCCUCAGCAUUCGGUCGCAUGUGCCUAGCAUUAUCUUGCGCAACUGCUACAUCAUGAUCGGAUUCGGUUGGCUCUUCUCAUUAAUCGGCUUCAUUACCACCCUAUCGAUCCUAACGCACAAGAGAAAGCUGAUAGUGUGUCGACAGCCGAGGACGUUGGCUUCACACGUUCUUUGUUUGUGCGGGAGCCAGAGGCUUCUUGACAAGGUGAAAGGCAUGUCGCUGAUGAAUGAGAAGGAUCUUGGACUUCAUGUAGCAGGCACGGCGCACCGGCAUCUUUUUGGGCUGGUUCAAGAGUGGGCUUGAUGGGCAAUUGAGUGUUAGUAUCAAGAGAGGCCGAUCGUGCAUCUAUAUCAAUUCCCAGAGACCAAUCAGCCCGCAGGUACAGACAGAUAAGCCAGACUGCAGCCUAAGUAGUCACUAAAUCCUGUCUUCGUCCGCAUCCACACGAUUCGCGGCUGUUCGUGCCCUUCACCAUCCGCUGUCUGUGAUUAAUCUUUGACAGAUCGAAUACAAUGGCGGUUAGAUGAUGAGUUGUCGCUGGCUAUAGUACUCAACUAUGAAAGGAAGGAUCAAGAUAAUCACAGAACAAUGCCGAAUAUAGAUAGACCAGGAGCGCCGAGUGCCCAUCUUGUUGUCUGGAGGAGUUUGCCGUUCCCGGGAUCUUGAGGGUGAUCAACUCGCGUUGUGGAGCCAAGGAAGGCUUUUACAGUAAAUAUUCCAAGCCUGGAAAGCCUGCAUAAAAUUUUGAGAGACGACGACAUGAACGACCUCUGGAG